AUGACAAUUCGACGACGUCGUCGUUACUUUCAUUCACUAUUCCGAUCGGUUCCUGUCGACGAAGAAGUACUCGAAAUAUACCGCUGUGCGCUCCACAAGGACAUUCUUAUCCAGGGCCAUCUCUAUGUUUCGGAACACCAUGCCUGCUUCAAGGCAAACAUCUUUGGAUGGGUCACUACGAUUAUUCUACCCUUUGCAGAUAUAGCAGCUAUUGAGAAACGAAAGACCGCGAAAUGGAUUCCAAAUGCCAUUGAAAUCCGUCAGCGAAGCAAUCAAAAACAACACGUGUUUGCAUCGUUUAUGUCUCGCGACCAAGCCUAUCAAUUAAUGACGGAAUUGUGGUGGAAGCACAACGACGAUAGCCGACAAAGGCAGCAGAAGCAACAGCACGAUGUCCAUGGCUGUAAUAAAGAACUGUCAAGACAGGAACGACUCCACUUGCCAGCAUCCAACGACAAAACAGUACAGCAGCGGCAGCAGACUGCCGGAGAAAGAAGGAAUAUGCAGCAGCAACAGCAAGACUGCUAUGGAUGGAUACUGCUGAUCCUGGUAAUUGUGUUGCUUUUAAGCAACCUAUCCAUCGCCUACCAGGUCAACAACAUAUGUUAUCACCUGAUGCAAUUCUAG